AUGCCGCCAGUGAGAGAAACCGAUUUUAAAAUUGACCUAGUGCCUGGAACUGGAGCUAUUUCUAAGGCACCAUAUAGGAUGGCACCUGCAGAGAUGCAAGAGUUUAAAGUGCAAUUGGAGGAAUUGUUGGAGAAAGGGUACAUUAGGACAAGUGUUUCACCUUGGGGAGCACCAGUGUUAUUUUUUCGAAAGAAGGAUGGAACCUUGAGGUUGCGUAUUGAUUACAGAGAGUUGAAUAAUAUUGAUUUGAGGUCUGGGUAUCCACCAAUUGAGAAUUGCGGAGGAAGAUAUACCAAAGACAGCGUUUCGUAUGAGAUAGAUUUUGUGGUUGUGUUAAUAAAUGAUAUAUUGGUGUAUUCGAAGGACAAAGAAGAGCAUGAGGGUCACUUAAGGAAAGUUUUGGAUAUACUUCGACAGAAAAAGUUGUAUGCUAAGUUAUCAGAAUGUGAGUUUUGGCUUGAGAAAGUUGCAUUUUUGGGUCAUGUGAUUUCGAAAGAAGGUGUUGAUGUAGAUCCAUCAAAGAUACAAGCAGUAACAGAAUGGGCGAGACCUAGUAAUUGGGAUGAGCAGUGUGAGAAAGCUUUUCAGGAAUUGAAGCAAAGACUUACUUCAGCAUCACUAGUUUUGACGUUACCAUCUGGAUUAGAAGGUUUUGAGGCGUAUAAUGAUGCUUCUAAGAAUGGGUUAGGAUGUGUAUUGAUGAACAUGAUUUGGAGGCAUUAUUUGUAUGGUGUGUCAUGUAAGAUUUUCACUAAUCAUAAAAGUCUGAAGUAUAUAUUUACUCAGAAGGAGUUGAACAUGAGACAAAGAAGAUGGCUUGAACUUAUAAAGGAUUAUGAUUUAGAGAUAUUGUAUCAUGAGGGUAAAGCGAAUAAAGUUGUUGAUGCAUUAAGUAGGAAGACUAGUCAUACGAUGAAUAUGAUGGUAUUAUCUGAGAGAUUGUGUGAAGAAUUCGGGAUAAUGAGUCUAGAGGUCAUAGAACAAGGGCAAGUGGAAGCUCAAUUGAAUGCACUAUGUGUGCAACCCACCUUAUUCGAAGAGAUUCAAGUGAAGCAAAGUAGUGAUGAGUGGAUGGUGAAGAUUAAGAAAAUGAAAGAAGAUGGAGUUGCCAUCGAGUUCGACAUCGAUGAGAAUGGUGUUAUUGUGAAGAUUCAACAUACGAGACCUGGUGGAAUGAUGCAACCUUUAAAAGUGCCGAGUUGGAAAUGGGAGUCUAUUUCAAUGGAUUUUGUGAUGGGAUUACCACUUACCAAGUCAGCUAAGAAUGCCAUAUGGGUUAUAGUGGAUCGUUUGACAAAGUCGGCCAGAUUUAUAGCAAUGAAGGAUACUUGGAGUAUGCAACAGUUGGCUAGUGCAUAUGUGCGAGAGGUUGUGAGAUUGCAUGGAGUACCAAAGGAUAUUGUUUCAGAUAGAGACUCGAUAUUCUUAUCCAAAUUAUGGGAGAGGUUACAACAACCAUUUGGGACAUUGCUCAAAUUUAAUACAGCUUUCCACCCUGCAACAGCUGGACAGACAAAGAGAACAAUUCAAAUUUUCGAGGAUAUGUUGAGAGCACGCGUGAUAGACAUUGGAGGAUCUUGGGAUGAUUAUUUGCCAACUAUAGAGUUUUCGCGGAAUUGGCAAUCUACCAUCUUCAACCAUAUCCAGUACAACAUGCUUCAAAGUCCAACGCUGUGA